UUUUUCUUCCUCAUUUUCAAGCCACUUAAUCUUCUUGACAUCCCUGACUUGGUUCAGUUUGUUGCUUUGAAGAGCGCAGAGAAACUUCCAAAACAGAUGGCUCAGUCUCCAGAAGAUGCUCCCCUGGCCAGAGGAAGCCUGGCAGGCAGUGAAGAGGUGCUUGUUGCCCCUGCAACACUCAGAGGAGGAUCCAACAGCCGUGCCCUGAAGGUGGCAGGCCUGACAACCUUGGCAUGUCUGCUGCUGGCCAGCCAGGUCUUCACCGCCUACAUGGUGUUUGACCAGAAGCAGCAGAUCCACUCGCUGCAGAGGAACUCAGAGAAAAUGGGCAAACAGCUGACCCGCUCAUCCCAGGCUGCUGCUCCGAUGAGGAUGCACAUGCCAAUGAACAGCCUCCCUCUGCUGAUGGACUUCACUUCCAAUGAGGAUCCCAAGAAGACUCCUCUGGCAAAACUGCAGGACAUCGCUGUUGUUAGUGUGGAGAAACAGCUGAAGGAUCUCCUGCAGGUCUCCGAGCUGCCACACAUCAACGAGACCUUCCUGGCCAACCUGCAGAGCGUGGAGAAGCAGAUGAAUGAGAGCGAGUGGAAGAGCUUUGAGACCUGGAUGCGCUACUGGCUGCUCUUCCAGAUGGCCCAGCAGAAGCCUGCACCACCCACAGCUCAGCCAGCUUUAUCUAUCAUGACCAAAUGCCAGACGGAGGCAGCACCUGGUGGCAGCAAGAUCGGCGCCUACAAGCCUCAGUGUGACGCCCAGGGCAACUACAUGCCCAUGCAGUGCUGGCACGCCACUGGCUUCUGCUGGUGUGUCGACAAGGACGGCACAAUGAUCGAGGGCACCACCAUGCGCGGCCGCCCCGACUGUCAGAGAGGCACCUAUCCUCGUCGCAUGAUGUUUGCACCCAGGGUGAUGCAGAAGACCAUCAGCGUUGAUGAUAAGUGAAUGCAAGCAAGCAAGUGAAGCAAACUGUGAUCGUCAAGUGAUCGUCACAAGCAUAAUUACUUUGAGCUAGCUGCUGACUCUCAUUCAGUAAAAGAGCUAACUGCUGAUCAGUCUUUAAUGUACUCUCUUUGAUUUAAACCUUUUCACUGGCUGCAUCAAAUCAAUAGUGGCCUGUUACAGUAAACUGCUUUUUCAUCUCAGAUGUAACUUUGGAGUGUUCUCAUUUAACCUGCAUAUUCAUAUAAUCUACAGUAUAUUGUUUGUGAAUAUUGCUGUUUGCUUCUGAUGAAUGCUUUAAGUGACAAAAGCUGAUUAUCCCAGUAGUAUUUAAUCAUGGAGAUAGUUCUGUUUUUAUUUGACCCAACACAAAGGAGGGGAGUGGAUGUUUCUUUGCGGAGCAGAUAGCAUUAAAAAAAAUCACAUUUAAAAAUGUAAACAGACAAAAUUCUUUCCAGAAAGUGUCCCCUGUUAUUCUGAUAAUCCACAGACCUGACUAUGAACCGAUUUUAUACGGUUUGUUUCUCUUUAUGGAGAGAAGUUCAGACGAAAACUAUCCACAGUGAGGUCUCUGGAUUACUGCAAUGGGAACACUGUUUGUAUAUAAUGUAUUUUUAAUGCUGUAAGUGGUACAAACAAAAGCCUGCUGGCCAUAUAAAGCCAAAAUUGUCUACAUGACUAGAUACUAUGAGAAAUUAAUGAGAAAAUGCUAGUGUGUAGUUUGGGUGCACCAGCCCUUUAAAGGUUGUGAACGUAGGAGGAGGUCAUUUUUCUAUGAGGGUGAAAUAAAGUUUUCCUAACAACACUGUUUGCAAUGUUGUGUAUGAUAAACUAAUAUCAUGGUCGUCUCAGAUGACAUAAUUGUUUAACUUUACAGCUAAAUAAAGCCUUAAUAAACUUUAAGAUGAUUAGA